GUGACCGUGAGUCAGGGAAUAAGUUUACCCAAAUAAAAGUGUUAUCUUUAAUUGUUACAAUGUUAUUAAUAUCAUUGUAUUUUAAUUUAUUAUAAAAAACGCUUUAUGUAUAAGCCACACCCGCGUUUAAAAAUGUUUUUUGAUUAUCAUUUAAUCUUCUUAACAUAAUUUGAAAAAAAUUAAGUUUUCUUGGAAGGUUUAAAGAAAAUGAAGUUGUUUUGGUUAUCGUCAAAAUUAUUACUUCUUGUGAACCUUUGUUUUUGUGGUAUCCCAAGUGAAAUUUCAGACUAUCCUACGAAUGAAGCAAUCAAUUAUUUAUCUCGCUAUGGAUAUUUAUCGUCAGCUACUUCUGUUAGUGGUGGCUUAAUAGCUAAGGAUACCAUAAACCAAGCUAUCAUCGAUUUUCAGUCGUUUGCUGGAAUUAAAGUAACAGGUAUUCUUGACGAUGAAACUGCAUUGUACAUGUCAAUGCCAAGAUGUGGCGUGAAAGAUAAAAUUGUUCGAACUUCUGGACAUGUACACAAGCGUUAUGCUCUUCAAGGUUCACGAUGGCGUGUGAAAACUCUAACAUAUAAGAUAAGUAAAUAUCCAAAGAAUUUAAACAGAGAAUCAGUUGAUAUCGAAAUAAAAAAAGCAUUUUCAAUUUGGUCAAACCACACUGAUUUAGAUUUUCAACAUAAAAAACAUGGCCAGGUACAUAUUGAAAUCAAAUUUGAACUCGGUGAUCAUAAGGAUGGUGAUCCAUUUGAUGGUCCAGGAGGAACACUUGCUCACGCGUAUUUUCCAGUUUAUGGAGGUGAUGCACACUUUGAUGAUUCAGAACAAUGGACCAUUAAUAGUUUUCGAGGAACAAAUUUAUUUCAAGUUGCCGCACAUGAAUUUGGACACUCCUUAGGAUUAAGUCAUAGUGAUAUAAGAUCUUCAUUGAUGGCACCGUUCUAUAGAGGUUAUGAUCCCAAUUUCGUACUGGAUACCGAUGACAUACACGGAAUUCAGGCUUUGUAUGGACAUAAAAAAAUGAAUCACACUGAAACUGCUAUUCAACCACAAGUUGUUAAUUCAGUAUCCAUCGAUGAAAAUUUGUUACUUUGUUCAGAUUCAAAAAUAGAUACAAUUUUUACUUCUGCUGAUGGACACACCUAUGUAUUUAAAGGGCAAUAUUUUUGGAAACUUUCUUCAGACGGAAUCAAUGAUGCACAACCUCAACUUAUCAGUACAAUUUGGAAAGGCUUACCGGGGAAUAUAGAUGCUGCAUUUACUUACAAAAAUGGAAAAACAUAUUUUUUUAAAGGAUCGAGAUAUUGGCGGUACAUAGAUAAAAUAAAGGAUGGAGAUUAUCCAAAGUAUAUUGAUGAAGGCUUUACAGGUAUUCCAGAUAACAUUGAUGCUGUAACUGUUUGGACUGGAAAUGGAAAGAUUUAUUUUUAUAAAGGUUCAAAAUUUUGGAGAUUUGAUCCUUUUGAUAAGCCCCCUGUAAAUAAAUCUUAUCCAAAACCAAUAGCAAAUUGGCUAGGUAUCCCUGAUCACUUAGAUGCUGCAUUUUCUCACCAUGGAUAUACUUAUUUUUUUAAAGACGAGUCUUAUUAUCGUUUUAAUGACAGAAAUUUUGCUAUCGACAUCGCAGAUCCUCCAUUUCCUCGUUCAACUGCAUAUUGGUGGUUUGGUUGUAGAUCAGUUGGGAAAGAAGCACUUUUAAAUAUUCAAUGGAAACAAAUACGUAACGAUAGUCAAGCUUCUAAUGUAAAUAAAUUAGAACAUAAAGGAUUAGUAUUUGGUGAUGAUAGUGACUAUACAUCAGAAGAUAAUAUAGCUUUAGACGAGUUGACUUGAAUUGUAUUAACAGAUUAUUUUGAAUAAAAUGAAUACUGACUGAACAAUUA